AUGGUUGUAAAUUUUCAAGAAAAGUAUCCUUGGGCAAACAUUAAAAAAUUACCUGACUUUGUAUUAAGAUUAACAAAUUUAGCAAUACACCUCACCUUAAACGAUUCCAAACUUUUAAUUAUGCAUUCUGGUAAUGGAGUAAAUACUAAAGACAUUGACAUUAUGAUGAAUGUUGUAUCGAAAGCAAAACAAAAUGAAGAAGAAUCAAUGUUGAAUUAUGUGUUUCCAAUUGAUCAAUUCGAGUUGAUAAAAAAUGAAGUAACAGAUAAAUGUAUUGCAUUAAAACAAGAAAAUGAUGAACUUGAACAAGAAGUUAAUAAAUUAUUAAAAAGUUACAACAGUGAAGACUUUCAUACAUCAUCGGGAAAAAAUUUAAAUAUAAAUGAAGAAAAAUUAUCAAAAUUAAAUUUGAUUAAUCAAAAACUUUCUCAUUAUUAUAAAACAACCGAUGAAUUCUUAUCAAAAUUAAAUGGAAUAAAAAAUCCAAUUAAUUUAAAUGCUGAUGAUUUUAACCCGAGUAAUCAUCCAUUAAACAUAACAUCUGAAACACUAAGAGUUUGCGAACAAUUACAUGAUUUAUAUAAAAAUUUAAUAUUUUCAAAUCACAAUGAUAACAAUGAUGAUAAUGAUGAUGAAUAUUUAUAUGAAGAAAUAGUUAAAGUUAAAAAAAUGUUAAAAGAAGAAGUUGAAACUUACAAAACGUUUUUAAAUUCAUAUGAUGUUAAAACAUAA